AUGGAGGAGACAGAAAGUCCUACGGGACAAGCGCCGAUCGCGUCCUUCGCUUUGAACGUGAUUGUCAACCCAAAGGAUCCUCGUCUAGACAUCGUCUUUGUACAUGGCUUCAACGGCCACCCCGAACGAACCUGGACGGAUAAGUCCGCCGAAGCUACAUCCAGGACCGAGCCUCGAAGCGACGAGCAUCAAGGUCGCCCAUCAAAAUUUCGAAAAGUAAAGCCAGGAUCGAAACAAAUAAGUGCCAUAUCUCAAGAUGGUCCCAUCUGCUGGCCCCGGGAUUUGGUUCCCAAAGUUGUCCCCGACGCACGAGUCUUGACUUAUGGUUACGAUGCCAAAAUCCAGCGACUGUUUGGGCCACCCGUCAGCACACACACUGUGUACGACAUAUCCAAUGAUUUCUCUAUCGCACUCGAAGCUGAACGACAAGAAGAGCCAGAGAGGCCCAUAAUAUUCAUUGCUCAUAGUCUUGGGGGGAUAAUUGUCAAGGACUUGCUUCGUAGGUGCGGCCAGUCGCCCAACCAGGGCCAUCUACACAUUCGUCCGAUUUUCGAGUCUACUAUCGGUAUCAUGUUUUUCGGCACCCCACACUCCGGUGCAGAUCCGGGAGGCUCGCUUCUUCACUUUGGAGAAAGAGUUCUAAAAGCUCUAAGUCAUUCUGUAAACGAAAAUGUCAGGACUUCCCUUCUCCCAACUUCAGCUCACCUACGCGAGUUGCGGGACGUUUUCGGGCCAAUGGCUCGUGAGCGCCGGUGGAAGAUCCAUUCCUUCCAAGAACAGUACGGCUUUAAGGCCCUUGGCGGUCAGAAGGUCGUGGAGGAUAUUUCCUCAUAUGUGAAUGUUCCCGAUCUUGAGAUAGUGGAACAUAUCAAUCAAGAUCACAGCAAAAUGUGCCGCUUCUCUAGAUUAGACGACCCCGAAUUCAGGAAAGUUGAAGCAGCCUUGAGACGAAUGCUUUUGCAUAUACCACAGAAAGAAAUUGAGCCACAGGUGCCAGCCUUCGCGAGGUCAUAUCUCACCGAAGAGCAAAAAGCCGACGCCUUGGAAUCGUUAAAGUUCGACCAAAUCGAUGCACGGGUACUUACAAUCGAAAAAGCACACAGUAAGACAUGCAAAUGGAUACUUCAGACUCAAGAGUAUCGUGAUUGGACCAACCCCGAGAAAGCCUCUGCUCAUCAAGGGUUUCUGUGGAUGAAAGGAAACCCGGGGACUGGAAAGUCCACUUUGAUGAAAUUUGCCUACAUCGAGGCCAAGAGGAGAAGAAAGAAGAACAAUUUCAUUUUUAGCUUCUUCUUCAAUGCACGUGGAGCACCGCUGGAGAGAUCAACAACUGGUAUGUACCGGUCAUUGCUCGUGCAAAUUCUCGAGCAAUUCCCCAAUCAAAAGUGCAUCUUCCACUCGCCUGAAUUAGGCACUAGGAUUAAGCCUCGCCAGACAUGGGCCAUCGAACCUUUGAAAGAAUUGCUUCUACAGGCCCUUCAAACAUUAGGGGAAAUGUCCAUCGUAUUUUUCAUCGACGCUUUAGAUGAGUGUGAUGAGGAUGAGAUUCGUGACAUGAUCAAAUUUUUUGAAAAUAUAGGACAGGAGCAUCCGUCAAUAAACCUGAGUAUAUUCUUCUCCAGCCGGCAUUAUCCACAUAUCACCAUCAACUUUGGCCUCAGCUUAUGUCUUGAGGAGCAAGAUGGUCACAGUAAUGAUAUAGAAAAUUACAUCCAGAGUGAACUCAGGAUCGGCAAAAGCAACACGGCGAAUGGAAUACGUGAGGAAGUUCAAAACAAAGCCUGUGGUGUUUUCAUGUGGGUUGUUCUUGUUGUUGCUAUUUUGAACAAGGAAUAUGACAACGGCAAUAUCCAUACACUUAGGCGGCGCCUGAAGGAUCUUCCAAGUGAUCUUUACAAACUAUUUGAAGACAUCAUCCUGCGAGACGACCGGAACCGGGACAGCAUGCUUUUGUGCGUUCAGUGGGUUCUCUUCGCCAAGACACCUUUGAGUCCAGAACAACUUUACUUUGCUAUCCGACACGGCCUUGAGUCUAGUCCUCCAGAGCCUUGGGAUCAAGACGAAAUUACCCAAGGUACCAUCAAAAGAUUUCUACUUCAUUCAUCCAAGGGGCUCGCUGAAGUUACCAAGUCGAAACAGCCCACUGUUCAAUUCAUUCACGAGUCUGUCCGGGAGUUCUUCCUCAAGAACACUGGCUUGGCAAAGAUCUGGCCUGAAAUCGACCCAAGAUUUGAGGCCAGUAGCCAUGAAAAGCUGAAACAAUUGUGCCUGAACUACAGUAAUCCUGAGCUAGAAUUCUUCUACUCCUUUGGCCCAAACCCUACAAUGUCCAUGGCAGAGCUAGAUUUAUUAUUUCCUUUGCUAAAAUACUGUGUUCAAAACAUUAUCCACCAUGCCGACAUGGCAGAGAAUGGGGGUGCUGACCAGCUUACAUUCAUUUCUUGCUUUGACCGCUCUGGAUGGAUCAGGAAGAACAAUAUCUAUGAGAUUCACCAAGUACGGCAAUAUACACCGAUGGCAAGCUUGCUAUAUAUAUUGGCUGAGGCAGAUGCAUCUCAUCUAAUCCAGCAUUGUUCUUCGGAUGAGACUUCAACAACGCCCUCCUGCCUCAAGUUAGAGGGCGAGCGAUACGGUUGUCCAUUUUUCGCUUCGAUUGCUACGAAGAGCUUCGAGGCUUGUAACAAAUUCUACGAUUUAAUGACUGCAUCUCAGUUAGGGACGGCCUUGACUCUAUCAGAAGAGGCUUCAUCCCCCCAUCAGAAGCGGCCAAACUUCGCGCUAAGCCGUACAUUCAAAUUCUCAAAUAAGAAAACGCUUUUGGAACAAGCAGUUAUAUUUGGGAACGAAGAUCUUGUUUCGUUUCUACUUCGGCACACAUUGAAGGCUGUUGAUUACGACACUACCCCUCUCUUGCAUCUUUCUGCUCAAAAGGGCCGUGCGGAAACGUUAAAGGUCUUCUUAGAAAACUCCAAUGGCAACCCAGAAUCAAAGGGUGCGAAUGGGAUGACCCCGCUAAUGUCUGCUGCUUCAGGAGGCCAUGUCCAUGCCGUCAAAGCCCUCCUUGACAUAGCAAAGGUCGAUCCAAAUAUCACAGACUCAAUGGGACACACCGCAAUCUCGCAUGCUAGCCAGACAAAUAAGAGUGAAGUCCUUGAGGUCCUACUUAGGGCAGACGAGGUCGAUCCGAAUAUUGCAGGCACAGAUGGAAGAACUCCUCUAUCAUGGGCUGCUCAACAUUUUUCUGGAAAUGUAGUCAAAGCUCUUCUUGCGGUAGAUACAGUUGAUCCGAAUCUUGCAGAUAAAACUGGAAAAACUCCUCUAUCAUGGGCCGCUCAAAGUUCUAAAGAAGAGGUAGUUGAAGCUUUUCUUGCGGUAGAUAAGGUUGAUCCGAAUCUUGCAGAUAAAACUGGAAGAACUUCUCUAUCAUGGGCUGCUCAAAAUUAUCAUAGUGAGGUAGCCAAAGCUCUUCUUGCGGCAGAAAAGAUUGAUCCGAAUCUUGCAGAUAUAAAUGGGACAACUCCUCUAUUAUGGGCUAUUCGAACUGGAUAUUCAGAGGUAAUACAAGUUUUGCUUGCGGAAAACAAGCUUGAUCCGAACCUUGCAGAUAAAAAUGGCGAGACUCCCCUAUCAUGGGCUGUAAAGAAUGACCGCAAGACGAUUGCUCGUAUCCUACUAAAGUCGCCUAAAGUCAAUCGGAAUUUUACAGACCAUGCCGCCUGA